AUGAUCAGCGUCACCGAUGCAUGCCUUGAUUCGGCAUUCGAAGUGAACACAAGUUCACAGCUACAACUGGCUAUGCGAACAGGCGAGCGCACAGUCUUAUCGGCCAUAUCAUUGUACGUCUUCGGCUCAUUGCCGUCACCACCCUCAACACCGUCAGCAGCAGAAUCUGUCGGUGACGAACCGGAAGAGGAUUCUGAAUCUGAAUCCGGAAGCACUUCUCUACGACAAAUCGAGCGAAUAUUUGCUGAACUUUUGAAAUCUUGCUGA